AGGGAGUAAAUGGACGUAGGGUCGGGGAAGGGGGGCGGUACGGAGUGUCCGGGGCUCCCUGCUCUGGCCGUUGAGACUUUCUCCUUCCAAACGCUUGGGGAAGGGGAUGCCCUGGGUAGACAGGUUUCCUCCUGGUGAGCCUGGGAGUCUGGCGGAAGCAUGUGCGCAUGUGCAAACUCGAGCCGCCCCGCAGAGGUGGUGUGCUGGGUUGUACAAGUGCGUUGUGGGGGGAGAGUGUGUGUGUGUGUGUCCGUGUCCGAAGGCGGGGAUCGAUGCGCCACUUGGCCAGGCCGUGUAGAGCUUCGAUCCACUGAUAUAGCCAUCCCAGAAUCAGUAGACACUUAUUGGGCGCUGCCGAGUGCCGGGCUCUCGUCUGAGGCAUUUUCGAGUGUAAAGAAGAAGCGAGGCAGGGCUGGGGGGGGGGGAUUGGGGUAGCAGGGCAGAAGGCUGCAGGCUUGUAAACUGACGGGCCCGGGCAGGAGGACUCCAUUUCCCAGAAUGCCUUUAGUAUGACGUCACAUAAACAGUGCCUCUCCCCGGCACCCCGAGGCAUUCUGGGAAUCUCUUUUGUGCAGCUUGAGUUCCAAGAAGGCUCACAGUUGUACUUUCUGGACCUUUUCCUGGGGUGGAAAGAGAGGGAUUCUCUGGGCUAGCGCGGGCCGAACUCUUUUUUUUUUUUUCCCUCUGCCUGCUGAGACUUUCUGCUCCCAAAGUCCUGGCGGAAGAGACCUCUGUAGAGCACCUCCAAGGAGCACUGGGCCCGGUGUAACUGUUUGUGGAGGGGCGGGGCUGUCUCCGUGUGCGUUCCUCGCUUUAAUGGACCCCAGAAAAGGGACCAACACGGAAGUGCGGGGCUCAGGCCAGUGCAGGCCCUUCCCCGAGGGGGAUGUUCUGGUCAGAACAGGCCAAGGGGAGAAGCUGCCAACCGGAGCCUGGCGGGGCCGGUGGGGGUGCCCGAGCCCACAUGCCAUGGGAGGAGCCCUGCUCUCGGGCGCACACAGAGGAAUUCUGCCACCCCCUCAAGGACCCCAGGGUGGCCCCAGCAGAGAGCCCACAGCCAGAGGAAUGGCCCCCGGGACCCUGAGGCUCCCCUCCCAGGAAUCAAUAGCAUUCAAGGAUGUGGCUGUGGACUUCACCCAGGAAGAGUGGUGUCUACUGGACCAUUCUCAGAAAGAGCUGUACCUGGAGGUCAUGCUGGAGAAUGUGCAGAAUCUACUCUCUGUGGGACUUCCAGUUCCUACAGAAACUUUUAUCUCCUGUUUUCAGCAACGAAAAGCACCAUGUCUGGUAGAGCAAAAAGUCCCAAGGAACUUCUUUCCAGUGGAAGAUUUUGAAGUGAAGGAGAUGUCUACAAAGUUGAGCCUUUUUAUGGAAGGAUCUAGCUCCCAAAGAUGUAUGAAUGAGGGUCCCUGUGACUUCAUUUUGAAAGAAAUCUGUGAGUCUCCUGUCAAAGCAAAUAAAAAUCUAAGGAGUGACUGUGAAUUUGGUGAAAGUGCAGAGAAAUUCUGCCAAUAUUCAGCCCUAACUCAGUAUAUGAAAUUGACUUCAGGAAAUAACUGUGAUCAGGAUAGCAAAUAUCAGCAAUACUUUUUUGAAGAAGUAGGACUUGUUCAAUCAUCUGAGAAACCCAUGUAUGAAGGUAAAGUGGGCCAAAUGUCCUUUGGCUGGAGUUCAGACCUCAUUAGACAUCCAAAAAGUGAACCUGUAAACAUGGAUUCUGUAAGUGAUAGUGGUGGGAGACCUUUCAAUCAGAACUCUGAGCUUGCUACACAUCAGAGAAUCUAUACUAGAGAGAUACCUUAUGACUGUAAACAAUAUGGAAAUGCUUUUACAGAGAUAGAAUCUCUUGCUAAGCAUCAGAACAUCCACAUUGUAGAGAAACCUUAUAUAUUUAAUGACUCUGGAAAGGCUUUUACAGUGAGUGGUGAUCUUGCUGUACAUCAGAGCUUCCACACUGGAGAGAAAUUUUAUGAAUGUAAACAAUGUGGAAAGACUUUCACAAAGAGGAACAAUCUUACUGUACAUCAGAGAAUCCAUACUGGAGAGAAACCUUAUGAAUGUGAACACUGUGGAAAGGCUUUUACAGUGAGGGCCAAUCUUGCUGCACAUCAGAGAAUCCACACUGGAGAGAAACCUUAUGCAUGUAAACACUGUGGAAAGGCUUUCACAAAGAGGGCCAGUCUUGAUGUACAUCAGAGAAUCCAUACUGGAGAGAAACCUUAUGAAUGUAAACAAUGUGGAAAGGCUUUCACAGAGAGGGGCAAUCUUGCUGUACACCAGAGAAUUCACACUGGAGAGAAACCUUAUGCAUGUAAACACUGUGGAAAGGCUUUCAGAAAGAGCGCCAGUCUUGCUGAACAUCAGAGAAUCCAUACUGGAGAGAAACCUUAUGAAUGUAAACAAUGUGGAAAGGCUUUCAAAGAGCGGGGUCAUCUUGCUGUACAUCAGAGGAUUCACACUGGAGAGAAACCUUAUGAAUGUAAACAAUGUGGAAAGGCUUUCACACAGAGGAGCCAUCUUACUGUCCAUCAGAGAAUCCACACUGGAGAGAAACCUUAUAAAUGUAAACACUGUGGAAAGGCUUUUUCUCAGAGGGGCUCUCUUGCUGCACAUCAGAGCAUUCACACUGGAGAGAAACCUUAUGAAUGUAAACAGUGUGGAAAGGCUUUCACAAAGAGGAACAAUCUUACUGUACAUCAGAGAAUCCACACUGGAGAGAAACCUUAUAAAUGUAAACACUGUGGAAAGGCUUUUACAGUGAGGGCCAAUCUUGCUGUACAUCAGAGAAUCCACACAGGUGAGAAACCUUAUGAGUGUAAACAAUGUGGAAAGACUUUCAGAAAGAGACACAAUCUUACUGUACAUCAGAGAAUCCAUACUGGAGAGAAAUGUUAUGCAUGUAAACACUGUGGAAAGGCUUUCACAAAGAGGGCCAGUCUUGCUGUACAUCACAGAAUCCAUACUAGAGAGAAACCUCAUGAAUGUAAACAAUGUGGAAAGGCUUUCAAAGAGAGGGGUCAUCUUGCUGUACAUCAGAGAAUUCACACUGGAGAGAAACCUUAUGAAUGUAAACACUGUGGAAAGGCUUUCAUGUGGUGGGGAUUUCUUUCUGCACAUCAGAGAAUCCACACUGGAGAGAAAUCCUGUGAAUGUAAACAAUGUGGAAAAGCUUUUUCACAGAGGGGCCAUCUUGCUACACAUCAGAGUAUCCACACUGUAGAGAAACCUUAUGAAUUUGAACACUGUGGAAAAGUUUUUACUGCGAGUGGCGAUCUUGGUGUACAUCAGAGAAUCCACACUGGAGAGAAACCUUAUGAAUGUAAACAAUGUGGAAAGAGUUUCACAAAGAGGAACAAUCUUACUGCACAUCAGAGAAUUCAUACUGGAGAGAAACCUUAUCAAUGUCAACACUGUGGAAAGGCUUUUACAUUUAGGGCCAAUCUUGCUGAACAUGAGAGAAUCCACACUGGAGAGAAACCUUAUGAAUGUAAACAAUGUGGAAAGUCUUUUCUGCGUUGGGGCUUUCUUUCUCAACAUCAGAGAAUCCACACUGGAGAGAAACCCUAUGAAUGUAAACAGUGUGGAAAGGCUUUUUCACAGAGGGGCCAUCUUGCUGCCCAUCAGAGUAUACACACUGGAGAGAAACCUUAUAAAUGUAAACAAUGUGGAAAAUCUUUCACAAAGAGGGACUAUCUUGUUGUACAUCAGACAGUCCACACUGGAGAUGAACCUUAUUCUAUGGGAUAAAAUUAUUCUUAAUUCUGAAGCAUCCAUUACUUAGUAUUAGUAAUCUUUGAUUGGCAACUUCCUAUAAAAAUUUAGUGAAAGGUCAGUGCCCUUUAGAAGGGGGAUACUAAUCUCUAUUUAUAAAGAGUACAGAAACCCCACUCCCCAACAUCCUUUACACAUAUAUACAUAUACAUACAUAUAAACCUUCAUUCUUUUCUAAAAUGGUCAAAACCUCCCCUUUUAAAAAAUUGUUUUGGAUUAAGUGGUUCCCAUUAUAAAUUCCAAUUGUCUGAAGGAAAUGGAGUGGAUCAGAUCAUGAGGUUAGAAUGGCAGGAAGAAAAAGACAGCCAUAAAGUCAAGAUAUCAGGAGACAUGGGUCAGGGUGGAUGUGUUGUGUACUGACCCAUGGGGUGCCCCUCAGGGAGACCCAGUGUUGCCUCCUGAGACUUGAUGUAUGUGUUAGUGGGAGGGGAAAAAGUUUAAUAAACUGAGAGGAAGGAUGAUUUCCCUCUUCCUGGUUUUUUUGCUUGCUGUACUUAUCUGCGAGCAUGGCUAGGGGCCCUAAUGGCAGCGACAGAAUAGGAAGCAAAAUGUAGCAAUCUGGACAAUCAUUUCUAUCUCUGUCUCCUCUUUUCACCUCUUCUGAGGCCCCAAGACCCAAGGGGCAGCCACAAGACCACUGCUUGGCCUCCAAGCUGGCAUCUCCAGUAAGGGCUUUUCUCCCCAGCACUGCUUCUAAUCCUGGGAGACCUUGUUCCCUUGCUUAUGAUCCCACAAAUCCCUGCUCUGCCACCUACUUGCCAACAGAAAUGCAGGCAAUUAAAUCAGGUAAAAUAAAUAAAGCCUAAUGAAUGAAAAUUAAAAUUUAUAAAGCUAAAGGUAGUUAAAUAAAUUAACCUAAACAAAAUUAAUAAAGAAAAAUGAUAAAAACACAAAAAUAAUUUGGUAUACCAAUUCAGUAGUCUUAUUUCAAAACUUAUUGCCUUUCAUUGUUUUUUUUUUAUUAACACCAAAGUCCAGCUUAGUUGCCUUUUUAAGUAAACUUAAAGGAAGUUGUGUCUACAUUUUUUAUUAGAAUAUUGGAAAUAAUCUGGAGUUCUUUGAUUUUGUACAACUCACUGUUGGGCCCUAGGCUCAGUACCUCAUACCUUUUGCAGGGACCAUAACUAUAACCCACCCCCCAUCAAAUUGGGGUUUCUCUUCCACAUUAGGAGCAGCCAUAACAGGAGCCCCAAACAGAUAAGGAUGAAUAGGAAUUUUCCUAAAUUUGAAGAAUAAAAAUAUUCGCUUCUGACCAAAUAACUAAUAAUCCCAUUAUGACUGAAGAAGUCAAGUUGAAUUCCCCAGGCUUCACCAUUUUAUAAAUUACUAAGUGUAAAGGAUAAUUUUAGUGUUGUGACCUAAACUCUAUUAAUUAUUGAUCACGAUGGAUAUCCCAAAUGAAAAAAAAAUACCCAAGUCAUCUGGAAAUUUAUGGUGAUUUAAUUAAUAUAGUGAAAAGAAAUUAAAAAGAAGGGAGAAGGAAAGGGUGUAGGAUUUCUUCUGCCUGGCUUGUGCCAGGGGGAAGAUUAGAGGCUUUAGGAAGGUAAGGUUUUGGAGAGUAAAAGAGGAAGAAAUCAGCCUGAACUACAAGAGGGCUCAGCCAAGAUGCCUGUCCCUAAAUUAGCUCAAGGGUAAACUCACUGCCAAACCCAGACAAAUAGCUGCCACCACCUCAAGAUAUUGGAAUGCUUAGCAUGCUGCCAGCCAGAACUGCCUCUCUGGGUCAGAACUUGAAAAGAGGAAGUGACGUGCCCUAUAUACACAGUUUUACGUCAGUUUUCUGAACCUCAUCUGUACCAAUGUUAGCUUAGCUUGACUUAGGACAGCCCAGGGGUCUGUCAGCUGUUUCUGCACAUGUCUGUUGAAGGCCAUCUUCUUAGGAGUAUGGGUGCAGACAUUCCUGACCUCGUUAAACUAGUAGGGUGGAGCAAUGUCGAGUUCCCAAGACCUGAUUCUGUUAGACCAAAUAUCUCCAUUGCUACAAAUCAGGAAAUAGCUAAAUAAAAUCUAAAGUAUGGUCUAAGUAGGGUGGAAUCAUUUUUAAAUUCACAUAAGUUAUUUGCAUGAACCAGGAUUUCCUAUGGAGCACUGGAUGUCAAGCAAGGAGAUAGAGGUUCCACUUUGGCUCUUUUGACUUUAAAAUUCUAAAAGAAUUGAAACCAGUCAUUGGCAACAAGGAUUCAAGAGACUAUUCCAGCUCAUGGUUCCGGGCAUAUCACCUUGAAGGUUAAACCAAGCCAAGUACUAGCACUAACCCCUUGGUUAAAUCUGAAAAAAAAACUGACCCCCCUGGCUUCUUCCCAGCUCACCUGCCAUGAGGCUACUACUCUUGAUCCAGGCCAUCCUGACUGGCACAAAUUCCUAACAUUCACAUCUCACCUCUGUAAAAAUGGAGAUUUUGAACCCUAUACUUCAUUCCCCAGAAGUCCUUGGUAUUUCCCAGAAUUCCCUAUAAUCUUUCCUGAGUCUCCAUCUUGACGAGAUCACAAUUGAUAUGUAACUGGCAGUAACGCCUCCCACCCUCUUCUCUUUUCAAUGUAGUAAGUAUAGUGGUAAGUUAAGUGUGGGGAUUUUAAAUGGGCUAAUCAGCCAUGGGCAUAUGGUUUUUAUUUUGUAUCUUUAUUCCUUGACUUCUAAUGAUCCUUAAUAAACCUCAUAAAAUAUAACAUUUUUAUUAUUAGAAAUAUAAUUUAAUUUUUACAGUUAUGGCAACCACAGGUCAGACGAGAACUCAAUUUUUUUUUUUUUAAGAUAGCCUAGAUAGUUUUUUUAAAGCCACAUUUCUCCUACCAAGGCUUUUCGCCCACCCUCACAAAUCUGCUUCUGAUUAGCUCUCUCCUGCUGCUUACUCCUCUCUCCAGCCAUCCACUCCUGACAUUGACCCAGAGUGCUCACCCUGUCCUGGCCCCAGCCCUGCCCCAGCCCUAGCCUCAAGCCCCAAUAACUCUACUCCUUAUCUCCGGCCUCUGACCCACAUCACUCAUCCAACCCCAGUCCAAGCCCCAAGACCCAGGCUGCUGGUAGCUGCCACUGUGUCUUCAGAAUCUCAAACCAACUGGUAAAAAUUGGGGUGUUUUUUCCUUAGUCUACAAUUAGCCUCCACAUGGCAGGGGACCUGGGGUGGGGGGAACAAGGAGAAGGAAGAGACUUUUCCAAACAGGAAGUUGAUUACAAGCAUGGCAUAGUCUAUGAGAAAGCAGUGCAUUGCCUAUUUCAAAGGAUGUUUUUUGAGUGCACUGAUCCUUUUACUUGUCUUACCUGAGAUUCAGGGGAGAAAUUCAUCUCCCUGCAACUCUAUGCCAUUUGCGCCUGACCAAUUUGAAAUUCCCAAAACCCAUGUUCUUCCUUGCUAUGGGGAAUCCCACAGUACUGACAAAAGGAAUCAAUGGAUUAAAAAACCCCACAAAAAUAAACUUUAAAGAGACUGGAGGUUACAUUUUUAAGGCUUUUCAGACUCCAAUGUUUUAUAAAAAUCUAUAUUUAAUUGCAUUUUGCUGAUUGUUUUUUUUUAAGAUUUAAUUUUGUUGGUUUCAAGUUCAUAUAUUGAUGUAUUCAAUACUAUUCUGUUACACUGAAUCAUUUUAAUGUAAUGGGUUUUAACUACUGUUAUAUUCUGUUGCUUUUCCCCUAUAAUUAUACUGAACAAAUAUUGAAGAAGCCCAUAUAUAAAAACAGCCUUUUUUCUAUUUUGACUUUGUAAAUUGUCAUAUAGAGGAUGAAUGGACUUCAUCAAAACUGGUUACAAUUGUAUAACAAUAUUUGGGAACUGUAAUGAGCUAAAUGUCUCAAAUUGAUUUUAAGGGGUCUUUAGACAUGAUUUUUAGAUUUUUUUCGACACCUGAUCAUUUUGCCUGCCUCUAUCAGGAGGUAAGGUCCAUUUUAGUACCUGAAGUUAAAUACAAUUUUAAUCCCCACCUCCCACAUUUAUUGAAAUGUGAAUGGAUGGGACAUCACAGUCUCAUACCAAAGGAGCUGGGAAGUUAAUCCCAGGGCAUGGUACCCCUGGAUGGUUCCCAAAAGGGAACAUCUCUCAUUUAUAACUCUUCAGCUCACUUUACUUCCACCAGAACAAUCCAGAUUUUUUGAUGAUGUUCUAGACCCAAAUAAGUUUUACUUGGUUUAAAAUGUAUUUGCUAAGGUUGAAAGAUUUACUACGUCUGAAAAAAUUGUGACAAAUACCAUUAAUUCAUAGGUUUUCUUGUCAUACAGCAACUUAUAUGAAAUAUGAUAUUUUUGUUUGCUUUUGUAAUUUUGUUUGCUAUUGUAAUUAACUGGGGCUAGUGUGAAUUUGGGGGAUUUUGAUACUUUUUGAGUGUGUAUUACCUGUUGUACUACUGUUCAUUAUAAAAAUGUUACUUUGUGAAAAUCAUUUGCUUGCACUCACAGUGGAUCAUGACCAGGUAUGAAGAAGAAUUGGAUCUCAUUUUUUGGUGAGAAACCUUUGUAUUCUACAUUUCCUUAGCUGACACAGUGUGCCAAUGAUUAUAAGCUAUGUCUUUUAUUUUUAAAACUUUUAUUAUUAUAUUCUUCUUGCAUGUGCAAUAUACUAUUUCAGUUUUAUUUUUUCUCUCCUUUUUUGUAUUUGAAGCAUGUCAAUAGUAUUAAGAUUUUAACUUUUUUUGAUUUUGCAGUAAUAUAAGCUUAAAAUACAUUUGCAUGUAUUGCAAUACAUGUCAUUUGCAUUGUAUUGCAAUACAUGUCAUUUGCAUACCCAAUAACAAUACAAUGUCAUUUGCAUACCCAAAAAGCUUGAGACUAUAAAAAUGAUGCCAUUAAUUGUUUUUAAAAAUUGUGGGACUUUGCUUAAUGAUUCUGUCUGAUUCCAGGACAAGAUAAUACAAAAAGAGUCAUUGCACAGUGCCAAAGAAGCACAAAGCUAAACUCCAUAGUGCCAAUUGAGCACACGAUCAAAGAGACCAGCCGAUCCCAAUGGGGUUGAUGAAAAUUUUGAGCCAUGACAAGAGGACUUGAUCAUGUUUUGGGUUUGAAGUUGCACUUGUUUAAGAUGUGUUAAAGGCAGGUCUUCCUUGUUCCAAAUUCUACCAAGUAUCUCAAGUUUGGCUCCUACCUGGCUCCUAUAAUCUAGUCCUUUUUCUGUCUUUCAUAAUAUGGCAACUUUCUGUAGUCCUGCCUACUGAUUGGGUAAAUGUUCAUAUCAUUUUAAUUGGGCCCUGAUUCAAGGACCUGUUAUAGAUUUAUUUUUCCUUCAUUUAGAAUUUUUACACAUAAGACUUUGAUAGUCUAUAUUUCAUCCAGAAAUUAUCUUUUUUAUUUGGAUUUUUAAAAAUAUUUUUUAUUUCUCUUAUCAAUUGAUUCAUAUACCUCAUAACUCAGCCAUGCAUCCCUAAAUAAUCCCUGUGUUUUUCAAUCACCCUCUUCAGGGGGGAAUGUAUGAAUUAUUAUUAGUUUAAAUUGCAAAGUUUAAAUUGCUUUUGAGAGUAAAUUUAGGUUAAGAAACAUGCUCCCUCUCUGAAUCCAGAAAGUGAACUGUUUGGAGAAGAUACCAUGAAGAUGCCUCCACAGACCAUAAGCUACCAGAAGAUCCAAAGUGAACUUUGGGAUGUGGUGAUUUGAACUGUAUGGGGUUUGAAUGCAUUUGUUUUGUAUGUAUACUCUUAUGCCAAAGGGGACUGCCCCCUAACUGGCUUUUUGUCAAUGCACUUAGCAAUCAUU